AUGUUUAAGUCAGCGAGAUGGCGGAGCGAGAAGAACAAGAUCAAAAUCGUUUUCAAGUUGCAGUUUCAUGCGACUCAGGUGACUCAGUUGAAGGCGGAGGGAUUAACGAUCUCUGUAGUUCCCGGAGAUGUUGGAAAGCCGACGGGAAAGGCGGAGAAGGCAAUGGUGCUCGACGGUCACUGUCGGUGGGAAUCUCCGGUGUACGAGACGGUGAAGUUUCUUCAGGAUGUGAAGACUGGGAAAGUUAAUCAGCGAAUCUAUCAUCUAACUGUGUCAACUACGGGAUCUACAAAGUCCGGUUUGGUAGGAGAGACUUCGAUUGACUUUGCUGAUUACGUUGAUGCAAUUAAGACUUGCAAUGUCUCUCUUCCUCUCCAGAAUUCGAAUUCAAAUUCAAAAGCAAUCUUGCACGUAUCAAUACAAAGGCAGCUAGAAAAUGUGGAUCUGCAAAGAUUGGUGAAAGAAAACAAUAAUUUGGUGAAAAGGCCACAGAGCCAAGAUUUGAAGUCACAGUUGAGCAUUGAAGCAGAUGAAACCCAUUCACAAGAGGAGGGCUCAUUUGGUAAAGCUUCCAGGAUAGCUGAACUGAGGCGUAGAGCAUCGAUUGAAUCCGAUAGCACGCUGUCAAGCUUUGACAGUGUCUCUGAAUUGGAGGAAGUUGGGAGCAGAAGAGAUCUCAAUCAGCAGAACCAACAAACUAUGAUGCAUACUAAUGUAUAUGAAGAGCCUCACAUAUCAGAAUCCGAGUGGUCAGGAAGUUCAGAUCAAGGAAUCAGCACUGAUGACUCCAUGAAUAGCUCGAAUGAUGCUACCAUCCGGAGAGACACCACCACAAGGACUUCCUCGGAUGAAGAGGUGGAUAAGCUUAAAGCCGAGGUCGUUGCUCUGGCAAGGAGAGCGGAUCUUUCGGAGUUGGAGCUGCAGAGUCUGAGGAAGCAAAUUGUUAAAGAGACUAAAAGAACAUCUGACAAGCGAAAAGACGAGGCCGAAAUUAGGAACAAGUUGCAUUUUGAAGGAAGUGAUCCGCAAGUUGUUUUAGAAGCAACUCAAGAAGAGCUUGAUUAUGAGAAGGAUUUGAAUUCCAAUCUACGGUUACAGCUGGAGAAGACGCAAGAUUCGAACACGGAGUUGAUCCUUGCUGUGCAAGAUCUUGAAGCAAUGUUGGGGCAGCAAAGACGUAAGAGGGCACUCGAUGUUCCUAGACCAAGGCCAUGCGAGAUUAACACCGAAGAAUCGAGGAGAAGAAGGUCUUGCACAAGUGAGACAGAUGAAGAAGAUGAGGAUCAGAAGGCAUUGGACGAGCUUGUGAAGGGACACAUGGAUGCGAAAGAAGCGCAUGUUCUUGAGCGAAGGAUCACUGAUCUCUACAAUGAGAUUGAGAUCUAUAAACGAGACAAAGAAGACCUUGAGAUACAGGUGGAGCAGCUUUCUCUUGAUUACGAGAUACUCAAGCAAGAGAAUCACGAUAUCUCGUACAAGCUAGAGCAGAGCCAAGUGCAAGAACAGUUGAAGAUGCAAUAUGAAUGUUCGUCUUCUCUUGUAAACGUGACCGAGCUUGAGAAUCAAGUAGACAGCCUAGAAGCUAAGCUCAAGAAGCAGUCAGAGGAUUUCUCUGAGUCUUUGUUACGCGUUAAAGAACUUGAAACGCAGAUCGAAGGCAUGGAGGGAGAAGUAGAGAGACAGGCUCAGAUAUUUGAGGCAGAUAUUGGAGCUGUCACACGUGGCAAAGUUGAGCAAGAGCAGAGAGCUAUUGAAGCCGAAGAAGCCCUGAGGAAGACGAGGUGGAGAAAUGCUAGUGUAGCUGAGAAAAUCCAGGAUGAGUUCAAGAGAAUCUCUGAGCAGAUGUCUUUUACGUUUGCAGUGAAUGAGAAGAUGACUAAGAAAGCAAUGAAAGAAACACAGGACCUUCGCAUGCAGAAGCGUCAGCUAGAAGAACUUCUCAUGAACGCUAACGAUGAGCUCCAAGCAAAUAGAGUAGAGUAUGAAGCAAAGAUCAGCGAGCUAUCUGAAAAGAUGGAGAGAAUGUUUGAGAAAUCUAAGUAUCUAGAGAAUCAAAAGAGGCAAGAAGAAGAUGUCAAUGCAGAUUUAACACAGGAGAUUGCAAGGCUGAAGGAUGAGAUUGACAUCUUGAGACUUGAAUUGGAAGAAACGAGAAGAUCAAGAAAUGAAGUCGAGACAUCUUUACAAAUACGAAAUACAGAGAAAGAUAGAAGUGAGCUGAAGAAGAAGAAGGAAGAAGAAAUGGCUAACGAAGCAAGAAUAAAAUUGUUUGAGGAACAAAUCAAACUUAAGGAAAAGGCUUUGGAAGCCUCUUCGAAGAUGUUCGUCGAAAAGGAAAAGGAUUUGAAUAACCGAAUCAAAGAGUUGGAGACUAGACUCAACAACCAAGAGACCGGAGAAUCUCUGCACUGUCAAGACGCUACUGCUUUGCAAAACAGAGAAGUAUUGUCAUCGAACAAGAGUGAUGAUGAUCUUGAAGACUUGGUAAAAGAAGUAGCGUGGCUAAGAGAGCAAAAUGGAUUGAUGGAGAUGGAGUUGAAGGAGAUGCAAGAGAGAUAUUCAGAGAUAAGUCUCAGAUUUGCAGAAGUUGAAGGUGAGAGGCAACAACUUGUCAUGACCGUACGUAAUCUCAAGAAUGCCAAGAGGAGCUAA